AUGACUCAAUGUGUGUCUCCUUCCAGUCAGACUGACACUGUGGUGUCUGUUCGACUGGAAGGUCUGAUAAAUAUGCUCCAGGGUCUCUGUCUUGAAGACAGGACGGCCAUAUCAGUUGCAUUGCUGGCUCAUUCUGAUCCAGAUACAUCCAAAGGGCCUGCCCCGGCUGCUUCUACCACCGAUAUUUUGGUGCCUGUUCCAACCACCAAGGCUCCCUCUGUCCCUUCUGCUGCCCCCGAUGUAGCUCCAGGUUGGGUAUAUGGGUCUGUCACCCUCUUGGCAGACUCUGAUGACGAGAAAGACUCUACCGAUGACGAGGAUGCAUCCAAUGCAGCCAGUUCUCUCGCGGAUGCCUCCCACAUCCAUCAUUACCGUGGCAAAUAUUUCAAUGUGCCCAUUAACGAUAAGGCGCCCUUGUACUAUAUUACGAGGGGUCGUUACAUUGGUGUUUUCUCAGGCUGGGAUGCCACUGGCCCCAAGGUUCUCGGUGUUUCUUGUGCUAUAUUUCACAAAGUAGACACUGUUGAGCAAGGUAUUAUGAUUGUGAAGCGCGCGAUAGAACGUGGCGAGGCAGUGCAGACUAGAAUAAUUCAGCACAAGUAUAGGCUACUGGUGAAGGAGGUGGAGCAGGAGGAACGAUUGUCGUUUGGCUUGGUAUGGGUGUCCAUGGAACUAACAAUACUUUUCAGAAGGCCACGCAUAUACCAUACGCCUGAGGAGAAAAUUGAAGCAGCAUGCACUUACAGGCAGAUGUAUUAUGAACGUCACCGUGAUCAGAUUCGUGCCAAAAAGCAGGAGAAAGAUCAAGUGAAGCCGAAGUUGAAAGAGGUGCUUGACUGA